CUGUUUGAGCAAAUAAAUAAGUAUUCAGGACGAAGUGUUUUCUUCACCGAGGAAUUGUUAUUUUCGACAUGGCAGAAGAUACUGUAGUCAGUGGUCGUAAUAGAGGCAGCAAUAAAAGAUCGCCACUGCUAAAUGAUUCGUUUGUGAAAUCAACCAUGGAGAAAAUAAAAAAGUCAAUCAAUGAAUGCAAUGUCAUUAGAUAUGCUUCCUACAGAACAGCAUCAAAGAUGCAAGUUUUUCAUAAGGCUUUAAAUAUGAACUACGUGCAAACGCAGUUUGUAGCAGGUGUUUUUGAAAAGCAUAGACUGUCAGUUACCGAGAAUUCGAUAAAUUUAGACAUUUAUGAGGUUGAAGACCUUUUAUCAGAUAUUUAUUUCGGUGCUAAAAAUGAAAGCAAUGCUGACUUUAAUGUAGAUGAUUCUACAAAAUUAGCUUUAAAUUAUAUUUUUAAAACUUUUCACAAAAAAGAAAACGAAAAUAUAUCAGUAUUUUCAGUUAAAGUAGCACUAACUUUAGUCAGUUGUGGAAGAUUGGAAGAAAAAUAUGGGUAUCUAUUUCAUCAAUUAGCUGACCAUAAUGCAUGUUUGUCCAGAAUAGCACUUAACAUACUUUUAACAAACAUAUGCAAAAUAACAGAAAUGUUAGGUGAAAGCGUUGCUUAUGGAAAUCAUUUAAUCAGAGCAAGCAUUGAUAAUUGUUUCUGUGAGUCUCAGGGCUGUCUUGGAGUAACUGAAGCAGAAUUUGCUACUUGGCUUAUGCAAGAACCACCCUUGUUGAUGUGGAUCACCACAAUGAAUCGUUUAAAGUCAGCCGAACCAAUUGUUCAUAACGUUAAAUGUUCUUCAUGUAAAAGUACACCGAUACAGGGUCCAAGAUACUCAUGUUUAAAAUGUACAGGGUACAAUCAAUGUCAAACAUGUUUUUUAUAUGGAAAAGUAUCGGGCAAACAUAAAUUAAAACACCCCGUUCGCGAGUAUUGCAUCAAGACGAGCACCAAGGAAAUCACAAAACUACUUAUUGAACUCAUUCAAAAUAAACUAAGUUUGUGUCCUGCGAGAAAUGGUGACAGCAGCUUUAACGAUUCUAGCUCUUCCAUGAAUCUCGAUCAAACAAAAAGUUUCGAUUCCAUGUCGGUGAGGAGUACCAUUAAAAGGCGAAUACUUAACGAUCCGCAGAAAGAAUUGCAGAGCAUAAUAUCCCACUUGGAAGAGGAAAACAAACAAUUGCAACUGGAAUUGAAAGAAAUAAGCGACAGUAGGGUCGAAAAAUUGCAACAUCACAGAGUUGCGAUAGAAUCGCAGCUGAAGCGUUUGAAAAUUUUGAAGAACUAUUUAUUCACACGAGGAUCGCAGGUGCCACGUGACUUUAACGUUGUUCAAAGCACACCGAUGGUCCAAGCCGCUGUAUCGAGAAUAUCGGCCUUACCGAUGGCUUUUCAAUUAAGUCCCAUAACUCAUCAUCAUCAAAGUCCCGAUUAUGAAAAUUCGAGUGAUCUCGACAGCUGCAGUACCACCACGCAAAGCACGUCAGCAGCUAACAAAAUCAGUGCAAAUGAUGGCGUUUCCGAUGGCAAUAAUCAAGUUGCGACCGAUGAUACUUGCAUCGAGCCGAGCACAUGGAUCGGAGGACAUCGUACCAACUUCUCUUCGCGAGACAGUGGCUUUUCCCAGUGGCUGAACUCGAGGGAAAGCAAGAAAUCGAAGGAAAAACCAAGUGGUAACCAGAACGGAGAAACCGGCGUUAAUCGAGAUAACGGACUGCCAUCUCUGCAAACUGAUAAGAAUUCGCAGCACAGUAGUUUGCAAAACAUUCAAGGUGAUCUCAAUGAUAUUUUGGACAGAUUGCAAAAUAUGGUAGCUAAUGACUGCUUGCUAGAAGAUACGUUUAGCGCGGAUAAUAAUUGCGAAUUAAAACGUGCCGCCACGGAGAUGGAAGAUUUACUGACUGGCUUGAUCGAAGGCAUGGAAACACGAAAGGAAAAACUCACAACAGUUGUGUGAGAGACAACAGAGCCGAACUUGUGGUUUAUAUAACUUUAAAUAUAUGCAGUUGCUGAUGGUUAAAACGAAUGUCAACUAUUUUUCAGGUUCGAUGAAAAUUUCGUCGCUUGUGCGAAAAAUUGCGAAUAAAAGAAAUAAUGUAUGUUACGGUAUGAACUCUUUUCUUAAAUUAUAAGAAUAGCUUCGAGAUUUGAUAUCUCAAAGCAUUUUGUAAAUAUGUACAUUAUAUAUCACUUUACUGAUUACGAUUUAGCUUAUUUUAAAUUUUUUUUGUGCAAAAUAUAUGAAUACUUUUUUUUCAAGCAAUAUCGAGCUUCACAUUUGUAUUAGGCUUAUAUAUAACAUAUAUAUAUAUUAUCGUCUUAAAUCUAAUCGUGUAUAAAUUAACAUUAAAUGCAUUUCA